GUCCCUGCCGCACAGGCUGUCCCUGUAGCCAUGCCCUUCUUCCGUGACCUCUCCAAACCUCAGCCCCUGGAGUUUCACGCGGAGAUGCUGCUGGGAGUGCAGAGACCCCACAACGGCAGCUUGCAGCGCCGGCACACCAUGAAGGAAGCCAAGGACAUGAAGAACAGGCUGGGGAUCUUUCGGCGGCGCAAUGAGUCUCCCGGAGCCAACCCCUCCGGCAAGCUGGACAAAGUGCUCAAAUCGCUCAAACCCACUCCCGAGGAAGCACUCAAGUGGGGAGACUCCCUGGAGAAGCUGCUGCUGCACAAAUAUGGCCUUGCUGCCUUCAGAGCCUUCCUGCGCACCGAGUUCAGCGAGGAGAACCUGGAGUUCUGGCUGGCCUGUGAGGAGUUCAAGAAGAUCAAAUCCCAGUCCAAGAUGGUCUCCAAGGCCAAGAAGAUCUUUGCUGAGUACAUUGCCAUCCAGUCCUGCAAAGAGGUCAACCUGGACUCCUACACACGAGAGCACACCAAGGAGAACCUGCAGAACAUCACUCGCAGCUGCUUCGACCUGGCGCAGAAGAGGAUUUAUGGGCUGAUGGAGAAGGACUCCUACCCUCGCUUCCUCCGCUCUGACCUCUACUUGGACAUAAUUAACCAGAAGAAAGCCAGUUCCCCACUGUAGGCCCAAGGACUCUCUCAGGACAGGCUGGGAGCUGUGUGUUUACAUGGAAUUGGGCAGUGGAGGCCUUCCUGGGG